AAUGGCAUCAUGUCCACCCCAGCAGUCUCCUGUGUGAUCCGCAAGAUAAAAGCAGUUGGUGGCAUUAUCCUAACAGCCAGCCACAACCCAGGGGGCCCUAAUGGAGAUUUUGGCAUCAAGUACAACAUCUCAAGUGGAGGCCCUGCUCCUGAGGGCAUCACAAACAAAAUAUUUGAAAUCAGCAAAGGUCUGCAGGAGUAUCACAUCUGCCCAGAGCUGAAAGUGGAUCUGUCCAAAAUCGGCAAGCAGACCUUUGACGUGGACACUUUCAAGCCCUUCACAGGUGGAGAGCAGAGUCCUGCCAUGAGAUGCAUGAUAAACAGUUUGACAAUUCAUUCUUCAACCCCAAAAUUGAAUACCAAUAACCUACAAUGUGAUUACAGCUUCUCUGCUGCUCCUAAGCAGGAUAUGCUCCUCUGA